AUGUGCGCUGGGAUCCGGAGAGGGCUGGGCAUUCUGGAAUACCGCCGGCAGGGCACUAGGCAUCUGCAUGGGGACUCCUUCCAGAUUCAGGCGCUCCAUACUCAGCGGCAAGCCCUGCGCGAUCUGAUCGAGCCGCCGAUUGAGCCGCACCGACCGGUCCAGUUGAACCAACGUCAACGAAGUGCCUUGGUCCUUCUUGGCCUCGGGAGGGAAUUUCAGCAGCUGUUUCAUGCUUCCCAUGAGUCGGUCCGACUUGCGGUGCAGCUUCCCUUGGAUCUCGACCCGGAUGAAAAACGGCUUCAUGUCAUGCUCGAAAGUGAAUCCCGUCCGGAUCACGUUGUUGUGAACCGGUUGACGCUGGCAUUCAUCCUCAUCCAGCACCCAUUUGAGCGUGCGAUAGGCGGGAUUAUCUCUCUUGGGCUGCGAUGUGCGGUUGAUCCCGAGCGCCUGGCCAGUGAAAGUCCACCGGCUCGUCUGCGUGAUUUCCCUUUCCUGGUCAUAUCCGAUUCCACCACCGCUGCCACCGAGCACAUUGAUCUCGGGUGUGAAAUGCCAGGCUCUUUUCGUGACCACCGUCGUUGGCUCGCCCGCCAGCUGUUUGGGCCCAUAGUGAUCGGUAACUUGGAGAAUGCUGCGAUCGCGACUGUCGAUUCCCGCCCGCACAGAUAUAUCGGGAUCAAUGUAUUUUCGCGGCACUUCAUCCGGUGA